AUGAAAGCCAAACCUUCAGACCCAGUGGUAACCGUCACUCCAGUGGCAAUGGACUCUGAAAAAGAGGCCAUCGCUGUCACCGAAACCACCAUCGACUCUGCAGAUGAGAAGCCCCCGGUUACCAGCACCCCAGCGAACUCGGAAGCAGAGAAAUCUCCUUCUGUUCGCGUUGUCCAACUCAUCGCGAACACACCUCCCUCCACACCCAGACCUUUCUUUGUUGAGGGUAGGCCUACCAUUCCACGCACCCGCUACCUCAUUCUCGUUUUUGGUCUGACAUCCGGUCUCUUCCUUUCCAUGCUCGAUGCCUCCAUUGUUGCGACCUCUCUGUUCAGCAUUGCUAGUGAUAUGAAGAAUUUUGAGCAUAUAAACUGGGUGGCCUUGGCCUAUGGUCUCACUUACCUCGGUUUCGCUGCACUUUUUGCCCGCGUGUCCGAUGUGGUUGGCCGUGGAGAUGCUUUCGUCGUUGCAUUUUGUAUCUUCAUUGCAUUCUCUCUUGGCUGUGGUUUCAGCGAGACUAUUGAGCAGCUUAUCAUUUGUCGUGCUUUCCAAGGAGUGGGCGCCGGAGGACUUUACAGUAUCAGCAUGAUCAUCUUGCCCGAGCUGACUCCGGAUAAGAACAAGAAGUACAUUGGUGCCAUUGUCGGCAUGGUGAUUGCCACUUCAGGUGUGAUGGGGCCUGUCCUGGGUGGGGUUUUGACUCAAUACAUCACUUGGAGAUGGGUCUUUUGGAUCAAUGGCCCUAUUGGUGCUGUGGCUCUCAUGCUGUUUAUUCCGGCUUGGCCCGCCGAGGAAUAUCUGCCCAUUUAUGAGGACCGGUCCUGGAAGGAGCUGGACUAUCUUGGGUCUUUCCUUCUUAUGGCCUUCGCAGUCCUGGUUGUUUUUCCCUUCCAGAACCUAUCAAGUCAAAAGUCAGAGGGCGACUUGUCCAGCAUGAAUCCAUACGCCCAGCCAACAUUCAUCUACCCCCUCGUCGGCGCCGCCCUUGCUCUCUUGCUGCUCAUCGGCUGGCAAACAUUUGCUAUCCGUGGCCCUCGGAAAGUCAAGUCCCUCGCCUUUGCCUUCCCCCCUUCCCUUUGCAACCGAAAGUACAUCGCCACAAUUUUGGUCACAGCCCUAACCGGCUUCCCUUACCUCUUGUCCGUGUACGCAUUUCCCAUCCGCUUCCAAGUUGUCCACGGGAAAUCAUCCCUCGAAGCAGGCCUCAUGCUCCUCCCUAUGCUAGCCUCCUCGGCCAUCGGAACUGUCACAGCCAGUUUAGUCAACAACGGGUGCAUAACAGGGCAGAAGAAACCUCGCUUUUUUGAGACGUUUCUCCUCGCCUGUCUGACUAUGCUCAUCGGCUGUGCCGCCCAGACAACACUGGGUGACACCGAUGACGGGAGCAUCACCGGGUUCGACGCCAAAGAUGUCGGGUUGUUGUCCCUCAUUGGCUUUGGGUUUGGCAUGUCGGCCUGCGGAGCGACAAUGUUUAUCAACCUCGAAAGUCCCAUCGGAGAUCACGCAUCCGCUCAAGGCAUCAUAACCCAAUUCCGCAUCCUAGGCGGCUCAAUCGGCAUUGCUGUCUCUUCCGCCAUUUUGGGGGGGAAACUCCGCCCUUCAACAACCCCCGAAAUGAGCUCUCUCGUCCUGGCCCACAUUGUCAGCCCAACGCCAGACUUUGGCGAUGCUGACUGGGCCGCUGUUCGCAAGGUGUAUACCUCUGCGUUGAGGGAGGACAUGAAAGUCUGCUGCGGGGUGUUGGCUGCGGCGGUGGUGUGCAGUCUGUUUGUUUACCGCCGGUACUGGCUCACGACGGGGGAGAUUAUGGAGUUGAGGUAUGAGGAGGAGCAGGAUAGGAGGAUUGGGCUUUUGAGGGAGGAUAUGGAGCCUCAUGUGAGGGUGGUGAGGGAUAAGUUGGUCAAGAUUAGGGAGGAGAUCUUUGAGGGGAAGCGGAGGCCUUUUCCCGGGAUUAAGCGUGGGAGGACGAGGUUGGGGGAGGAGAUUGAGUGAGUUUAGAGAAAAGCAACGGGGUCGAUGGAGGGUGAAGGGUAGCGGAGGGAGUUGGAGUGAUGGUCGAAAGAGUGGGUGGAUGGGUGGAUUGGUGGAAGAGAUGAAAAGGGUUUUUUGCGUUGAGAGGACGGUGGUUCCCGAUCAUCGGUGAGGACAUCAAUCUUGAUGGCAUUCUUUUGGGUCUUUUCUUCUUCUUUCUUUUCUCUGGUAAAUUCUUGCAAGUUGGAUAUUCAAGACUGUCAA